AUGCCUUCAAUCGUCAUGUUCUACGAAAAUUUGGCCGAAAAAUUCGUCAAAAACCGCUUAAAAUUCACCGUGUACGCGUCGGUGUUGCUCGGCAAUUUCCCGUACUGCUGCAGGAAGAGCAACGAACUCGACAGAAAAUCGAAGAUACUUGUAUCCCUUUUGAAGUACCUGUGGGGCUUCUAUUUCCUGGUGUUGACUGUCUUGGUCCUGCAGCGAUUGCAAAGCUAUUCGACCGACAGUUUCUCCAUAUUCCAAUCCCUCGCCUUCGUCAGGGAAUCCUUCUACUUGCACUACGUCUUCAUGUCGCUGAAGAGCCUUUUCCACGGCAAAAGGAAGCAGAGCCUGGUCAGGCUGCUCGGGAAAAUUCACCGGUACUCGAAGAAAACCUCGGCCACGACCAGCAUUCGUUUCAAUGGGUUCGACGUCGUUUUCGCCAUUUUAUACAUCGUUUUGAUGGUCACUUAUAUUUACCAAUUCGGAUUUGUAAUGAGUCCUUCUACGCCUACUUUGCAGACUUUUUCGUUGGUGCAUCUUUUCAAGUAUAAUCUGGAGGUGGUCCUGCUGUACACUUUUUUGAGGCAAUUUGGUAAUUUUUAUGCAGAUAUCGGCAGGGCGCUCGAUAAAUUGUUCGAUGAACAGAAACGAAAUAUAUUUGUGUGCUCGAGAAACCCGGGUUAUUUGAAUGACUACUUAACAGGCAGCCAAAUUCGAAAUUUGGGCAAACGAAUCUUGUCUCUCUAUGAACUAAUGGAGGAUUUUAAUGUUUUAUACGGCAGUCGUUUGUUGAAUUUAUUCGCAACCGUAAUACUGAUAAUUUUAACCAAAAUUGACGCAAUAGCGUCGUUUAUUGAAUUAACAAUUAUAAUCACUUUUGUUAAUAUCGCAUUAUCCUUGAUAUUCACAAGCGAUGCGAUAAUCACAGAGGGCCAAGACAUCUUCAAUGCGGCUUAUUGGUUCUAUUUGCAAUCCCCCGAUCCUUCGCUGCAGAAAGAGGAACUGAGAAGGUUCAUCUUUAAAAUGAAAUAUCUAACUCCGGUUAUAUCGGCUGCGGACUUUUUUACCAUAAAGAAGAGCACUUUGACGGCGCUUUGUAGCGGCCUUACCACCCAUUCGAUCGUUAUGAUUCAGUUGGGUUAUUCCAAAUUUAACAAACACGUAACCCAUUAG